UCUGCCUCUGAUGUGACGGUGCUGCCGUUUAAACGAGACACGGCGCUGACGGAGAUGAUGCGUCUUCGCGUGUCGUCUCUGCAGCGGUCGGGACAGAAGCGGCAGGACGGCGAGCGUCUGCUUCUUCCCCACGAGGCCGUUUAUCGGCUGGACUUCCACAUCCAGGAGCUGAACUUCACCCGCUGGUACUUCUCCCUCACCGGCCACGGUCGCGUCACCAUCACCGGCAUUUCCCAGCACUGGACGCCCGACCUCACCCACCUGAUGACCCGCCAGCUCCUGGAGCCCAUCGGGACGUUUUGGCGCAAUGCCGACGACCCCGAGGAUUCGCAGCUCAAAUGUCUGGAGGCGGACAUGCAGGAGUUCGGGGAAAGGAUCGCCGAGCUGGCCAAAGUCAGGAAGGUCAUGUACUUCCUGUUUGCCUUCAAGGAAGGAGCCGAGGCGGCAAAUCUCAGCUGCUCGGUGGAGUUCACGCCAGAGAAAUGA